AUGCAACCCCCUCCGACGAUCUCAUCCGAGAAUGUCGGGUGUAACUUCCCAGUUAAAAGCUGCCCCGCUAGAGAUACUUCCGUCAGCCCAAGCGGCACCGGAAACAAGUCCGGCGGUGCGAGCCACUCCAGAAGUGUCACCAGCACCGGCCCCGCCAGCACAACUUGCAGCGCGAGUACCUCCGCCGGCGCGAGCUGUACCAGCAAUGUCGUCGGUACCUCCGCAAGCACAAGGUACAACGGGAGUGACCGGAGCAACUUCACGAGCGAGAUGUAUAACAAAAGUGACCAGACUACCUCCGCCAGCGCGAGAGCCACCACCACUACCAACUUUGAUGGCCAAAGUACCUCCACCGGCACAAAAGGCACCACAACCGCCGGUAAAGCCUAUGCAAGUCUUCCAGAACCAGAACGGUAA